CGAACCUCUCCUUAGAAACAACGACAGCCAUUCUUAAAGAAGACGAAGACGCUGUUGCAUUAAAAAUGAGAAAAUCAGGAAUAAAAGUCGGUGGAAGGUACAAACCAGUCGAGUGUCAAUCGCAGCAUAUAGUGGCUGUCGUCGUUCCAGCGCGGAAUCGAACGGAUCAUUUGACCGUUUUCUUGCGGUACAUGCACCCGUUUUUGCAACGUCAGCAACUCAACUACAUAAUCGUCGUCGUCGAACAAUCUGAAAAAUCGCCUUUCAACCGGGGGAUGCUAAUGAAUAUCGGCUUCAAAGAGGCCCAGUUGCUACAAGAGAAUUUCCAAUGUUUCAUCUUUCACGACGUUGACCUUCUGCCAGAAUUCGACGGCAAUCCCUACACCUGCCCAGAAAACGGAAAGCCUCGACAGAUGGCCUUUUUCGUUGAUUCUUGGAACUACAAACCCACACCCGGAAACCAUUUUGGAGGUGUGACCACAUUAUCGACCAACGAUUUUCAAAUAAGAGUCAAUGGAUUUUCAAAUUAAUUUUGGGGUUGGGGAGGCGAGGACGAUCAAUUGUAUCAACGUGUAAAGUUGCAAAACCUGAACGUGACCAGAGCUUUUGAUGAACAGCCAUCCCUUAUUCAUCUAGCCCGUUAAAAAACGCUGUCCCACAA